CAGCUGAGUCUGUUUAUGCACGGAAUCCACUGCAGAGACUGCAGGGCAGAGACAACAAUGACACACAGGCUGCUAUAGUGGAACAAAGGCACCGACGCUAUUACAUCUGCCCAACGCUGCCCACUACAGACUGACGGGCAUGGAAGGGGGGUCCAUGUAACGCCAGGCGCCCAGGCAAGAUUCCCAAGAUUCUAAUGAAAGUCAAACAUAUCCAGUGAGCGAAUCCUCCCACGCCCGGCCGUUGCUAUGAGUUUUUCCCCGCCACUAUCAAGAGGAGCAGGCGAAAUGCUGGAUGAGCUGCAGCAGCUGACAGCAAAAACCAUGGAAAAAGUCGAUAUUGCAAAACAAUAUGACACCAUUCGGGAGCUGGGGAAAGGGACCUACGGAAGAGUCGAUCUCGCUAUUCACAAAGUGAGAGGUACAAAGAUGGCCCUGAAAUUUCUCAGAAAGAAGACAACGAAGCAGAAGAACUUCCUUCAAGAAUUUUGCAUCUCCCGCUACCUAUCUGCCUGCCCGUAUAUUAUCGGCAUGUACGAUAUUGCUUUUGAAACGGAGGAAUAUUACGUCUUUGCCCAAGAAUAUGCCGUGGCUGGGGAUCUCUUUGAUAUUAUUCCUCCGCAGGUCGGCCUCUCCGAGCACACCACAAAGCGCUGUAUCUAUCAAGUUGCGUUGGCACUGGAUUACCUACACAACCGGAAACUAGUGCACCGCGACAUCAAGCCAGAAAAUAUCCUCAUUUUUGACAAAGAAUGUCGAAAAGUCAAACUCUCUGAUUUCGGCAUGACCAGAAUCGCCGGCACCACAGAGAAACGCGUCAGCGGCACCAUUCCCUACACGGCCCCAGAGCUGUGCGAAAUGUCAAAGCAUAACGGUUUCCUAGUGGAAUACAGCAUUGACGUGUGGGCAUUUGGGGUCUUGCUUUUCUGCAUGAUGACUGGUAACUUCCCUUGGGAAAAAGCUCUACAUUUAGACUCCUUCUACUACGAGUUCUUGCAAUGGCAAAGAUACAAAAGUGCCGCCGUCCCUUCACAAUGGCGACGGUUUUCUCCCCACGCCCUGAAAAUGUUCAGCAAAUUGCUCUCCAUCAAGCCGGAGAAAAGGUGCGCCAUUAAGGAUGUUUUCUGGUAUUUUGGCAAGACGUGGCUGCUGAAUAAAGACGAUUCUCCCACUUCCGACGCCAAUAGCAACGGAGACGUCUUCGUUCAUAUAAAACAACAAGGUCUUCCGUUCACUGGCGGCGAAACCCCCAACAGCAAUAAAACCGACACGAGCCCAAGUCUAUCUUUCUCGUCCUGCAGCAGUUUCGAGGACGUACCGAAGGAAAGCAACGGCAACGCCAUGCUGGGCUCCACGCCCAUUGAAAUCUGCGUAUAAAAAUCAUAAUAAAUACGCUGCACAUUUUAACCAGCAAAAAAAAAAACCGAAUCGCUUGUCUUUCAAUAAUAUGGGGGGUUUUAUUCAGAUUGUUAAAAAUAGGAACAUUUUAAAGCCUUGAAUUAUGCAAAAGGGAACAUCAGCCAUGACAAUUUUCCACCUACUCAUAGUGAUGAGCCAAAAAUAAUUCCGCCAUCGGGUUGUCUACGCGAAAACUUGCCUACAAAGCACAUAUUAACAUAUGGAGGGAUUUUUGCUUUUAUGGCUCAUGUUUUAGGUUUCCAUGGAAACCAGAUUUCAAAUAUGCCUGGCCAAUUUUAAACCUUUUAAGUAAAUACAGGCCUUCAUUUUUUAAUUUUUACUAUACCCCCAAGGCACAUGUAUUGAAUAAGAACUACUUUUUUUUUAGGCAGUAUAAGUGUUGGGUUUUUUUUCUGCACACCAAACAUUCCUGCUCCGUGUAUUUGCUUUUUAUUUUUGUAUUUUGCCAAAUACCAAAUUUAAAACCUGUCUGGGUCGGACUUGGGGGUGCAGGGCCCACUGGUGUUGCCACCCCAGGGGCCCCUCACCCCCCAAGGUGCCCCACUUGCGCCCCCCCCUACCUCUGCCACCCACCCAACAUCCUGACAACACAUUAUGGGAGGACACCGGCGGUCGGGAGAGCGGUAAAAGGGAUCGGGUCUGGGCUGCCAUGGCCGGGCCCAUCGGGUUUUCCCCUGGUAUCCAAGAGACCCAGUCCAACCCUGAACCUAGUUGGGAAUUUAAAAAUUGAGAAGAACUGAUUUGAAAGAAAUGGCAUCAUCUUGGAACAAAAUGUUGCAUGCAGUUGUUGAAGACACAGAGCUACUAGUAGCAGCUACUUGUCGUGGCUACUACAAUAGACAAUGCUGAUCAUUAAUUGUCUCUA